GGAGAGAGAGAGAGAGAAUGUGAGCAGCAAGCAGCAAGCAGGGAGCAGGCUUAUUUCAGGCACAUGGCCAGUGAAUGAGAAAGCUAUUUUCUCUCUCUUCAGCGCGCAAAUACACACUCUCCUACUCUGACUGGAUUAUUGCAACUACAGAACACAUACAGGACCUCUGUACCCCUACCGGCCUUGACGCCAGAUACCCCCGGACCCGGACCCUAACCCAGGCACGCAGCCCACCUCUCUCCCCCUGCUAGGCCGUCACUGACCUCUCUCUCCUGUGCCCAACAGGAUGGCUGAGGCUGAACUUCACAAGGAAAGGCUCCAAGCCCUCGCGGAGAAAAGGAAAAGACAGUCAGAGAUUGAAGACAAGAGGAGACAGCUGGACGAUCUGGUGCUGCAGCUACAACAUCUUAAGUCUAAAGCCAUGAGAGAGCGUUGGCUCCUACAAGGCACGUCCCCUGGAACUAACGACGAAGACGAUGGCCGAAGAAGACAGCUGGAGAAGGACGAAGAGCAGGGGAAGAGACUGGAGGACACUAUUCACAGGUUGGAGUCAGAGAUUGGUCUGUUGGAGAGCGAGGAGUGUCAGAUCUCAGCUAAAGAACAGAUGCUCAGAGAGAGACUGAAGAAGACUGAGAGGUCCAUAGAAGACCUACAGAAAAGUCUUCAGAAUGAACAUGAUGCUGUGAGUAACGCCUGUCCCCAGCUCCCCAACCAGCUCCCCGACCAGCUCCCCAACAAGCCGGACAUCAGAGACUCCUCCACCACCUCUCCUCACCAGGCCCCAGCCUCAGCAGCACCUGCCUCUGGUGAGCACCCAAGGAAACCUGCGAUGUAUGCCAUGGAGAUCAACGUGGAGAAGGACAGGAAGACAGGCGACACCAGGAUCCUGUCAGCGUCUUCCGUCAGCCCUGACGAGGUGCCCCAGCGUGGGGUCAAGGUCUUCGACGACGGCCGGAAGGUUGUCUAUGAGGUCCGCUCGGGGGGGUCCACCACCCUGGAGAAUGGGGUACACCCCUGGAGCUCCCAACAGGUGGACGAGCUGAUGCAACGGGUCGGGGUGCCCGCCGGUCAGGCCGACGGGGGUAAGGCUAAGGUUACUAUCACCCCUGUUGGUACUGGUGACACCAAAACCUCCCCCAGCUCCACUGACCACACAGAUGAGCUCCCUACCACCUACACCACCCCCCCAGCCAUCCGUAGCCCUGCCACCAUGGCCCACAAGGUUCCCCAAGCUCCAGCCGCCCCUAUCACAACCCAGCCUCCACCCCGUCAGGAGGUAACCUACGAGGGAGAGGUGCUGGAGGCUCCCCAGGCAACGGCGGAGAAGCCAGUCACUAUGAUCUUCAUGGGCUACCAUAACGUAGACAACCAAGAUGAAACCAAGAGGCUGCUGGGAUUCGACGGCACCAUCAAGGCUGAGAUCGUCCUGAUCGAUGACGACGAUGAGAAGUCGUUACGGGAGAAAACAGUCACCGACGGUUACUCCGUAAUCGACGGCAACGCCGCCGACCUGGUGUCCGGCGCCCGGCCGCUCAGCGACACCACCGAACUGUCGUCGGAGGGGAAGGACGAGAGCUCUGCCACAGCCACCAAGGAACUCCCCUCCCCAGCAGGUAUAGAGAAGAAAAACCGUUGCCAUUGCUGUACUAUCAUGUGACCUCCUUACUUUAACUACACUACCCACAACUCUCUAGUUUUUCCUGGGACUGCCGGGAGGGAAGAGCUCGUUGGUUCAUCGAGGCUCUGAUCCUCCUCCUCCCUAAACCCUCCUCUUCCUCAUCCUCUUCCUCCUCGUGGCUACUAACAGAACCUCCACCUGCCCUCUGACCUCUGGGACCUGGCUGGGGUUACAGCACUCUCUUUAUCUGACCUUUGACAUACAACCUCUCUCCUCUGUGAGCUGGUUGUGUCCAAACCUUGACCCCCUCUGUGAGCUGGGGAAGCAAAGCAUCCUGUCUCAUCUCUAGCCUUUCUGAGUUGACCCUAGACAAUGAUCUCGGGUCAGUUGUUCCUUUCCCCCAAUAACGGUUAAGGACAGGAUUGGGAGAGGGGCAGCUGAUCCUGGAUCUUUAGCUAGGGGAAACCUCACACCGGAGGACAACACUACCAGAGCAGACCAGAGCAGACCAGAGCAGGGGUUUGGUUGGACAGUCAGUUGCUAGUUUAUGUAUACACAACAUAUUGUAGUGUGGUGGUUACUAACUGUUAUUUGGGAAUAAUCAACAUUGAGAAUAGACAACAAGGACACCAUCAAAACAAGCAUGUCACAUAAAGAAAGAAAUUGUCUGUAAGAAAUAGGCUACAAUACAGUGAUUUAACUUGACUGUCUUGUUACAGAACUGAAUCUGAAGAUGAAAGGGUCAGUUUGGGUGUUUGUGUGUCAUUUAGAUUGGCUCAUAUCUCAACAAACAUCUAUCAGCCACUCCUGAACACUAUCUAUCAGCCACUCCUGAACACUAUCUAUCAGCCACUCCUGAACACUAUCUAUCAGCCACUCCUGAACAUCAUCUAUCAGCCACUCCUGAACACUAUCUAUCAGCCACUCCUGAACAUCAUCUAUCAGCCACUCCUGAACAUCAUCUAUCAGCCACUCCUGAACAUCAUCUAUCAGCCACUCCUGAACACUAUCUAUCGUCCACUCCUAAACACUAUCUAUCAGCCACUCCUGAACACUAUCUAUCAGCCACUCCUGAACAUCAUCUAUCAGCCACUCCUGAACAUCAUCUAUCAGCCACUCCUGAACAUCAUCUAUCAGCCACUCCUAAACACUAUCUAUCAGCCACUCCUGAACAUCAUCUAUCAGUCACUCCUGAAUGCUAUCUAUCAGCCACUCCUGAACACUAUCUAUCAGCCACUCCUAAUACACUAUCUAUCAGCCACACCUGAACACUAUCUAUCAGCCACUCCUGAACACUAUCUAUCAGCCACUCCUGAACACUAUCUAUCGUCCACUCCUAAACACUUUAUACACUACAUGACCUGCUCGUCGAACAUCUCAUUCCAUAAUCAUGGGCAUUAAUAUGGAGUUGGUCCCCCCAUUAGCUGCUGUAACAGCCUCCUCCCAUUGCUGCUGUUACUUGCUUCCAUUCAGCAACAAGAGUAUUAGUGAGGUCGGGCACUGAUGUUGGGUGAUUAGGACUGGCUCUGAUGUUGGGUGAUUAGGACUGGCUCUGAGGUCGGGUGAUUAGGACCGGCUCUGAUGUUGGGCGAUUAGGACUGGCUCUGAUGUUGGGUGAUCAGGACUGGCUCUGAGGUCGGGUGAUUAGGACCGGCUCUGAUGUUGGGUGAUUAGGACUGGCUGUGAUGUUGGGUGAUUAGGACUGGCUCUGAUGUUGGGUGAUCAGGACUGGCUCUGAGGUCGGGUGAUUAGGACCGGCUCUGAUGUUGGGUGAUUAGGACUGGCUGUGAUGUUGGGUGAUUAGGACUGGCUCUGAUGUUGGGUGGUUAGGCUCUGAUGUUGGGUGAUUAGGACCGGCUCUGAUGUUGGGUGAUUAGGACCGGCUCUGAUGUUGGGUGAUUAGGACUGGCUCUGAUGUUGGGUGAUUAGGACUGGCUCUGAUGUUGGGUGAUUAUGCAUAACCAUGUGAUGUAGUGUAGUGAGGGUUAUGACAUGUCAUUGGUUGAUAAUGUGACAUAGUCUAGUGAGGGUUAUAACAUGUGAAAUAGUGUAGUGGGGGUUAUAACAUGUCAUUGGAUUAACCAUGUGACAUAGUGUAGUAAGGGUUAUAACAUGUCAUUGGGUUGAUAAUGUGACGUAGUGUAGUAAGGGUUAUAACAUGUCAUUGGGUUGAUAAUGUGACAUGGUGUAGUAAGGGUUAUAACAUGUGAAAUAGUGUAGUAAGGGUUAUAACAUGUCAUUGGGUUGAUAAUGUGACAUAGUGUAGCGGGGGUUAUAACAUGUCAUUGGGUUGAUAAUGUGACGUAGUGUAGUGGGGGUUGUGCUGAGGGUCAACUUGAGGUCCAGUUUGUAUGGCAGACCUUAGUUUACAAGUAUUGUGGGGCUCUGGUCUAAAGUAGUGCACUAUAUAGGGAAUAGGGUUCCAUAGGGCUCUGGUCUAAAGUAGUGCACUAUAUAGGGAAUAGGGUUCUAUAGGGUUCUGGUCUAAAGUAGUGCACUAUAUAGGGAAUAGGGUUCUAUAGGGUUCCUGUCUAAAGCAGUGCACUAUAUAGGGAAUAGGGGGCCAUUUUGACACAGCCAGUGUUUUGAGUUGAGAAUAAUAAUUAUAACGAUGCGUGUAAGUAACGACAAGGCCUUGACUGAAUGUUGUGUCACACAACCUGCUUUCCAUUUGGCUCCCUACAUAAAACACCCAUAGGGCUCUGGUCUAAAGUAGUGCACUAUAUAGGGAAUAGGGUUCCAUAGGGCUCUGGUCUAAAGUAGUACACUAUAUAGGGAAUAGGGUUCCAUAGGGCUCUUGUCUAAUGUAGUGCACUAUAUAGGGAAUAGGGUUCCAUAGGGCUCUGGUCUAAAGUAGUGCACUAUAUAGGGAAUAGGGUUCCAUGAGGCUCUGGUCUAAAGUAGUGUACUAUAUAGGGAAUAGGGUUCCAUGGGGCUCUGGUCUAAAGUAGUGUACUAUAUAGGGAAUAGUGCUCUGGUGUAAAGUAGUGCACGACAUAGGGAAUAGGACACAGUCAUACGGUUUCAGAACCAACAGAGCUUCUGAGAUGUGUAAAGAAUGUCUACUGUGGUGAAACAACUGCCUCUCUGUCUAAACCUAACGUACUGGGACAUAUUCAACAACAACCUUGAAACAAACCACUUUUCAACCCAAAACUAACAACAACAAACUAACGAAUGCUUUCAUUUUUCAUAAAGCUGAGGAGUCAUUUUUUGUUUCACCAUCCCGUUUCCUUUUUCUGAAUUCAGGAUCAUCACUGUCUUUAAUAUCUCACAAACACAUUCACCUCCGUUCUUCUUUCAAUCCUUUCAGUCCAGCCUGCCAGUCAGUCAGCCAGCCUGUCAGCCAGCCAGCCUGUCAGCCAGCCUGCCAGUCAGUCAGCCAGUGGUCUGUUGUAGUAGUGAAUCUCUAUCUAUCUCCCUCUGUAUGGUAAAUUAACUAGUCUAAUAAACAGAUUUCUCCACUGUGUCCUUC